UAAAUUUUAUCUAACAUAAAAAUAUAUAUAAAGAGAUUGCAUAGCUGCAAAUUCUUUCAGUUUGAAAACAUGGACAAUACAGUUGUCACCUUGUUGAGUAUUUUUUUAAUAAUAAUUUUAAUUCUUUAUAAAUAUUUAACGAAAAAUAAUGGUUACUGGAAAAGUCGUGGUAUUCCAGAAGCUAAUGGUGCUAUUCCAAUUUUUGGAAAUAUGAAAGAUAUCGUGUUUAUGAAAAAAAAUAUUGGUGAUUUUAUUGAAAAAAUUUAUAAAGAAAAUAAAAAUAAUAGUAUGGUAGGAAUUUAUGAAUUUCAAAAACCAGUUAUUAUUGUUAAUAAUAUUGAAUUAAUUAAAACUGUUCUGCAAUCAAGUUUUAAUAAUUUUAGUGAACAUCAAAAUCUUGAUCCAAAAGUUGAUCCACUUCUUGUAAAUGAUCCAUUUUUUUUAAAUCAUCAAGAAUGGAAAGAUACUCGUUCAAUAUUUACAAAUGCAUAUUCAAUUAAAAAACUAAAAGACCUUCUACCAUUGGUUAAUGAUGUAUCAAAAAAAUUUAUUGAUUAUAUGAAUAAAAAAAUCAAAUCAUCAAAUGAUAAUUCAAUUGAUAUUGAGGUAAAACAAUUAUUUUCAAAAUAUACUGCAGCAACAUCAGCAAGUACAAUACUUGGUAUUGAUGCACAAACAUUUGUUGAUAAAGAUUCACCAAAUUCAUUAAGAUCAAUGAUGGAUGCAAUGUUUGUACCCAGGUCAUUUGAAUUUCGACAAUUAAUUGGUUUUUAUUUUCCAAAACUUGGAAGUUUAAUUAACGUUGGUUUUGUACCAGAUUGGAUUAAUAAAAGUUUUCAAAAUAUAGUUGACGAUAUAUUAUCACAAGAUGAUAAAACAUUAAAAAAUAAUAUAUUAUAUUUAAUAAAAAAUCAACUUGAAGAAAAAAAUAAAUUUAAUGAUAUAACAAUUGCUGGAAUUGCAUUUGGAUUUUUUGUUGAAGUUUAUGAAUCAUCAAGUAUGACAUUAAGUAUAAUGUCAUAUUAUUUAGCUAAAAAUAAAGCAAUACAAGAAAAAGCAAGAAAAGAAAUUAAUGAUAUAUUUAAAAAACAUGGUGAAUUAACAUAUGAUGCAUUAAAUGAUAUGACAUAUAUUGAACAAAUUAUAAAAGAAUCAUUGAGAUGUAUAUCACCAGUUGGAAGAUUAUUAAAAAUUUGCUCAGAGCCAAUAACAUUAAAAGGACCAGAUGGUUUAACUUGUAAAUUAAAUAAAGGUGAUGAAGUUAUUAUUCCAGUUUUUGGUUUACACAAAGAUCCACAAUAUUGGGAUAAUCCAGAUGAAUUUAUACCAGAAAGAUUUGAUCAAAAAAAUUAUGAUAAAGAACGUAAUCGUUAUGCAUUUCUACCAUUUGGAGAGGGACCACGUAUGUGUCCAGGAAUGAAAUUUGGAAUAAUGCAAAUUAAAGUUGUAAUAGCAACAAUAUUAAUGAAUUAUGUAAUGGAACCAUCAAAAAAAAUGAAAGAACCAUUUGAAUUAGAUCCAAGAAGUUUUUUAACUACGAUAAAAAAUGGCUAUUGGAUUAAAAUGCAAAGACGAAGUUUAUUAUAAUUUUAAUAAUAAUAUUUUUUAAUGAUUAAAAAAGUUUAAGAUAGGAAUGACGCACUCUUGAUAAGUAGAUAUUAAUAGCAAUACGAGAAAAUAAAUAAAAUGUAAAAACAACAAGUUUAUUGCGUUGAUUUGUUGAUGAUUGAUCAAUGCAACUUGUUUUUUUUUUUUUUUUUUUAAAUUAAAGAUUAAGAAGUGUACGGUCAUUUUGGUUUGUCAUUUCACUGCUACCACUAUUUUUUAAUAUUUUUUGAUAGUUGGAUUUUCGAUUGUUUUGUGACCGUGCAUGAUCAAGAUGAUUGUAAUCGUUAUCAUUGUUAUAGAAAUAAGGCACUUCAUAAUCAUGUUCUUCAUCAGAUUCCUUUCUAUCAAUAUUCAAAUUUACAGGCUCAGAUGUUACACUGGCAUACUUGCUAGUGUCACAAGCUGAACCAC